AUGGAAGCUUGUCACUCUCCACAGCAACACAAUGUCACCUCAUAUGGGGCCACAACUGUGGCCAUCAUCACCCUGGAGGUGUUUGCUGGAACAUGGAUAAAUGCUUUCAUCGUUUCUGUGCUUUGCAUUGGCUGGGUCAAAAAGAAGACCCUAAACUCAAAUGAGAAGAUCUUACUGCUGCUGGGUUGCUCCAGGAUUUCCUAUUUGUGCUUCUCGUGGGUAAAUAACUUCCUUUUAAGAAUUUCUCCCAAUUACCUUUAUGUUCACACCAUACUUCAACUACUUGCAUCUUUUACAACCUUUUUAAAUUAUUCCAACUUGUGGUUUUCAGCCUGUCUUUGUGUUUUUUAUUGCAUAAAAAUUGCUAAUUUCAGGAACAGCUUCUUCAUCUACCUGAAAGUAAAAAUUGACAGGAUGGUGCCCUGGCUUUUGUUGGGGUCAGUGCUUUCAGCCUUGGCUAUGAGUAUCAUUAUCUAUGACAUCACUGAAACUGCACAGAGGAACAACCACACUUUCAACUGCCUUGGAAAUAUUUGGGAAGAAACUAUCAAAAUGGAUAAGCAUUUUUUCUAUUCUUUCUUUCUUGCUGGCUUUGAAUUUGCUGCUUCAUUCCUGGCAGUCAUCUUUUCUGCUCUUUUCCUUCUCUUUUCUCUCUGGAGACACAAACGCAAGAUGGAGACAAACUCCAUGAAGGACCUCAGCACAGAAGCCCACAUCAGAGCCAUGAAAUCAAUUCUCUCCUUCUUAGUGAUGUACAGCAUCAACUUUGUAUGUUUGAUCUUGACAAUAAUUUAUACCAUGAAGAAUGAAAAUAUCAUGACACUUCUUACAUCCAUGUAUCUGUAUGCUUUUCCAGGUGUUCAUUCCUUUAUUCUGAUUUUCAGCAAUCCCAAGCUGGAAAAGGCACUGCUAAAGAUUCUCUCCUGUGUGAAGUACAAGUUUUUAAUGAAGUAG